AUGUCGUCAGUUAGGACCCGGAGACAGGUUGCGGCCGGGGAGGAAACCCCUUCCAAGGUCCGGCCCGCAGCAUCAGAGCCUCAACAAGUCGUCAUGAACGGCAACGGUUCCGCACACCUAGCGGACGCCACGGCUGGAUAUGAACGGGAGAAUAUCUUUCUAUUUUGGCCAAACAUUAUAGGCUAUGCGCGAAUCGUUCUAGCCAUCGCUUCUCUUUACUACAUGCCUCUGCACCCGCGGACAUGCUCCUUUCUAUACAGUGUGUCCUGCCUCCUCGACGCCCUCGACGGCUAUGCCGCCCGAUACUUUGAGCAGAGCACACGCUUCGGCGCCGUCCUAGAUAUGGUGACUGACCGAUGCACCACCUCCUGCUUGUUGCUCUUCCUCUCGUCCGCCUUCCCGCGAUGGGCGAUCGUCUUCCAAGGCUUGGUCACGCUGGACUUUGCCAGCCACUACAUGCACAUGUACGCGACUCUGGCGAUGGCCGGGGCAGAGACCAGCCACAAGAGCGUGGACAAGAGCCGAAGCCUGCUCCUAAACCUCUACUACACCAACAAGACCGUCCUGUUCAUCACCUGCGCCCUGAACGAGCUCUUCUUCAUCGCCGUCUACCUACUCUCCUUCUCCUCGCCCCUGCUGGCGCCCGCCCUGCUCAAGACGCCAGCCGCCGAGCCCCUCCAGCAGGGCGCGCAGGUCAACUCGUCCCUGCUGCGCCAGAUCUUCGCCAGCCCGUACAGCGCCGGCGCGCUCGAGCUCGCCCGCGCGAACAAGAUGGACAGCACCAUCCCCUGGGUGCUCGCGGGCGUCAGCUUCCCCGUCAUGAUGUUCAAGCAGGUCCUCAACGUCAUCCAGAUGGUCAAGGCGAGCAAGUGGCUGGCCGAGGGCGACAUCCAGGCGCGGCGGGAGAAGGGCCUGCCUCGCAAGAAGAAGGGCAAGGCCGCCUAA